AUGCCUCCAAAUUUACAAAGUCUCAUUUUGAAAAUCCACAUUGCUGAUCACAAUAUGCCAGAUUCUUGUAUUUGGACCUUCACAAAUGAUGGAAGUUUCUCUACUGCUUUUGCUAGAGAAAUCACCAAGGACAAGAAAAACAAAAUGACACUUUUAAGCAUCUCUGGCACAAAGAUGGCAUCCAUAUGCAACUGUUGUGCUAAUCCUCAAAAUGAGACUGCUGAUCAUGUGUUCAUGAAGGGUGAAGUGGCUGAGAAAAUUUGGAGAUUCUUUGCAAACCCCGUGGCUAUAAAGAUACAGAGAGGUUCUAUGAAUCAAUUAAUGUGGAGCUGGUGGGCAACAGAAAGAUCUAAUGCUCUACAUAAGACUAUAUGUAGCAUACUUCCUAUGUAUAUUAAUUGGGAACUAUGGAAGAGGAGGGGUGCCAGUAGGUAUGGACAGAAGUCUUACUCUAUCAAUAAUAUUAUAUACCAUGUGAAUUUUCAAGUCAAAAUCUUGUUAUAUAAACACUUUACCCAGGUUAAACUUCACUUGGCUUGGAAAGAUAUAUGUGUUCUUGCAGAUAACUACUCAGCACCAGUUAGCUGUUUUCCAGUUUAUUGGAGUAAACCACAAGGACUACAAGUCAAAAUCAACACUGAUGGAAGCUCUAUAAAGGAAAAGAAGAAGGCUGGAGCAGGUGGGAUAAUCAGAGACCAUGAAGGAAGAAUGAUUCUGGCUUUCACACAGUCCAUUGGAUAUUGCAGCAACAAUGAAGCAGAAAUAAAGGCUGCUCAAAUUGGACUCUAUUAUUGCUCAACUCUGGGACUGAAAAAUGUCAUAUUAGAGAUGGAUUCAAAGCUUAUAGUGGACAUGAUCAUAGAGAUACGUAAACCUUCAUGGAAAUUCCAGCACAAGAUAGAAGGCAUUCAAAGUAGAUUAAACAUGUUAGAAGGAGUAGCCCAUCAUUGCUAUAGAGAGGCUAACUCAGUAGUAGAUAUUCUUUCCAAAGAAGGGUCUGUUAAAGGUCUAAAUGGUGUCUUCCAAGCCCCUCGACACUUACCUAGGACUGCUAUUGGUGCUUAUAGACUGGACAAGUGUGGUAUGGCCAAUUUCAGGAUUACGAAAAAGAAAGUAGGCAUUGGCUAA